AUGGUGUGGUUGCUGGCGUCUACAGCGAUUACAGUGGCUCACAUGGAGACAGAAGAUAACCUGGCAGUCAGUUCACAGAUCCUUUCUGCAAACAGUCCAGUGGAAAACCUUUUGACUGAAGGAGAUGUUAUGGUCCCAAGAACAAGGAAUGCAAGAGUCUGUGUAAACUGCAGAUGGCCAAAGUCAAAUCAGGUGGUUCAAGUUCCGUACACCAUAAGUGAUGCCUUUAGCAGCUCCGAAAAGGUCGCGAUUCAAAAUGCUAUCGAUGACUUCCACUUGAGCACCUGCAUUCGCUUUGCUCUCCGCACAGGCCAGACCAGCUACAUCAGCAUUGUGAAAAAAGUAGGAUGUUGGUCACUAAUUGGAAGAAGUGGGGCCACUCAAGAAUUAUCUCUUGGUUAUGGAUGCAUUAAUAAUGGCAUCAUUCAGCACGAGCUCAUUCACGCACUCGGCUUCUGGCACGAGCAAAGUAGAACCGACAGGGACAUUUACAUCAAGAUCAACUAUGAAAACAUCUUGAGCGGACGAGAAAGUAACUUUCACCUUCUUGAGACAAACAACCUCAAUGUUCCAUAUGACUACUCCUCUGUUAUGCAUUACGGAGCAAAGGACUUUUCAAAGAACGGACAAGACACCAUCAGUCCCCUCUCACCCACAGCAACAAUAGGCCAGAGGAUCCGCAUGUCAGACAAUGACAUUCUGAAAAUCAACAAGCUUUACAGCUGCAGGAACUACCUGCAUAAGAAUGGCGAGUGGGACAAUGAGUUGGGUGGUGUUUUGAGCCGCCAGUGCCCCUCUGGCCAAGCUGUUUCCGCCAUCAGAAGCUCCCACAAUAACGACAGAAAUGAUCGCCUUUGGGGGAUUUCGUGCAAGGCUUUCAAGGUAACCAGGACAUGCCAAUGGUCAAGAUAUGUGAACGAAUAUUGGGGACACAUGGACUUCAAAUGUGCAAACAAUGAAGUGAUUGCUGGGGUCUACAGCGAGUACAACUCCAUCAUGGGGGACAGGAGAUGGAAGUUCUACUGCUGCAGUGCUCCUGGUUUUACCAUGAUCAACUGCAAAGACGAACCACAGGUCAACUACUGGCAGGAGUACUUCAACUGGCCAGUCGCCAGCAGCAACUACCUGACAGGAGUGAAAAGCUCUUUUGAUAGUCAAACACGUGAUCGCCGGUGGAGCUUCACAUACUGCCAGAGGAAUCUUCCGUGA